GGCAGCACUAACGGAGAAAUGGCAGCGUCCAUGCAAAGUCUGAUAGGGUUGGUAAAGCACUCCGUCCCGGCAUGUGAACAAAUUCUUCGAAUCGGUGGUGUGAUAUUUCACGGGUCAGAGCGAUGCUAUUCUGAUAUAGCUCCACUUGUAAUUAAAUAUGGCAAGACUGGUGUUGCUGCUGGGAAAUGGCAAGAUUGUAGGAUGAGGAGAGAUUUCAAAAGAAGAUGGACAAUAAAGCAGUGGGCGCCUGAACGCCUCAGAGUAAAUUCUCUGAGGAAAAAUGACAUUUUACCAGCAGAUUUAAGAGCAAUAGCUGAUACAGAAAUUGCUGCCAUGCCAAGAGACGGGAGCAUUUCUCGAUGUCACAAACGCUGCAUAGUCACUUCUAGGGCGAGAGGAUUGCUAAAGCGCUGGAGGGUCAGCCGUUUCAUAUUCCGCCACUUAGCUGAUUACAACUACCUCUCUGGGGUUAAAAGAUCUUGUUGGUAGUAAAAGUAUAUUAAUGUUAAUCGUUGAUGAUGUUAUUUUAGGAACACCUCAGCAUGAAUUCCUGUAUUCUGUGAAUUUAUGUCAUAUUAGUUAGAUCUUUCACAUAAGUGUGAAUUAAUAAAGUACUGGAUUUACUAGGUGAAUUUUA